AUGAGCUUAUCUGCUUUUGGGAUCAUUAGUGCCAUCAAUGAAUGUGUCAAUUUGUUCCAGUCAGCAAAAUCUGCGAUUUCAUCUCUGCGCUCCCGAUGGAGUGGCUCACAGGAGCAAAGUCUCCAUGAUCAUGUAUUGCAAUUACAGAGUGACCUACAACGUCUCUGUGACAUCCUUCCUGCAAUGUACGACCUCAUUAAUGGAGCAGAGUGGAGAAGCCACAAACGCUGUGUGGCCAUGCUCCUUCCUAGCCUCAAGGAUGUCGUGUGUGAGGCUGAAGACCUUAUUGAUGAGUUUAGAUGGUACGAGAUGAAGGUGCAAGCGGAGGGCAAUGCAACCCGAUCUCCUUUCAUCGACUUCCUUGAUAAGGUCAUUCAUGGCAACUUCAACAAACUGAAUGAUGUCCAAGUAAGAUUGGUUCAUCUUUCGAGUCAGCUAGAGAAGAUGGGGCUUCCUGGAGUUACACAACACUUUGACAAAUUGAUCAGACCGGAGACCACCUCUUUGCCAAGUGAAACAAAAAUAUUUGGACGUGACAAAGAGCUGGAGCAUGUAUUGGGAUUUCUCAAUGUACCUACAAAUUCAAAACGCAAGAGAGCAACUAGUUCAACCAUUGCAUCAACAAGCGCAUCAACAAGCAACCAAGUUAGUGAUGAAUCGAUAAUAUUGAAUCUUCCUGUUUUGCCAAUAGUUGGAAUUGGUGGUGUUGGAAAGACUACUCUGGCCCAACUAAUUUGCAGCCAUCAAGGAGUGAAGUCUCACUUUGAGAUGAUAAUUUGGAUUUUCGUCUCAGAUGACUUUGAUGUGAAGAGGUUAACUAAAGAGGUCAUAGAAUCAUGUCUUGGAAAUCUGGCAACAACUGAUAAUUUGGAUUCUCUUCAGCGUGCUCUCUCUGAGCGUGUGAAAAAUAAAAGAUUAUUGAUAGUCCUUGAUGACAUGUGGGGUGAUGCAUUAAAGGAAAAUGGGCAGUGUUGGAAGAGAUUUUGUGCACCUUUUAGAAGUAUCCAAGAGGGAAGUGCGAUGUUGGUUACCACUAGAUGUCCAAAUGUCGCCGAGGGGGUGCGGACAAUGGAGCCCAUCAUAUUAGAAGGUCUAGACGACGGUGUCUUCUGGAAUUUCUUCAAGUCAUGUGCGUUUGGAUCCGAUGGUGGUAACAAUGAUCCUGAGUUAGAGUGCAUUGGUAGAAGAAUACUUCCUAAGUUGAAGGGUUCUCCUUUGGGCGCCAAAACACUGGGGCGCAUGUUAAGCACGGACCUUCAAGCAUCACAUUGGAAUUAUAUACUUGAAAGUGAACUGUGGGAGUUGAAACAAAAGGAGACUGACAUUUUGCCUGCCCUUCGAUUGAGCUACAUGUAUUUACCAUUCUAUUUGAAGCAGUGCUUCGCAUUUUGUGCUGUGUACCCCAAAGAUUACAUCUUUCAGAAGGAACGCUUAGCUGAAAUCUGGGUAGCAGAAGGCUUUGUGGAACCUCAAGGUCGUGUUAAAAUUCAAGAUAUUGGCUGCCAGUAUUUUGAAGACCUUCUAGCACGGUCCUUCUUUCAAAAGGCUGGCAGUGGUGGAUACGUAAUCCAUGACUUGCUGCAUGACAUGGCACAAAAAGUUUCAGAGCACGACUGCAUAAUCUUAAGAAAUAAGAGUGACUUUGAUAAAGUUCCCCAAAAUGUCCGUCAUCUCUACAUACUCCCUAACGGUGACUUUGACAAUGCCAGCCUAUUGAGACUAUGCAAAGAUUCUCCUUUGAAGAUGGUUCCUUCAGCUUUUUGUUUGCUAUAUAAUUUACAGUUUUUAUAUGCCAGGAAAUGCAAACUAGAAAGCUUGCCCAGUGACUUUGGUAAGUUGAUCAAGUUGCUGAAAUUUGAGUCAAACGGAUUAACAUAUUGUGCCGGGGGCCACAUGCAUUUGAAUUCAAAAGAUGGGCAGGAACAAGGAUUUAGGUUAAUAAAGAAUUUGAACCAAUUCCGGGGAAACUUGGUGAUAUCUAAUGUUGGAAUGCUAAGUAAGGAUCAUGCGGCUGAAGUUGAACUGAAAAAUAAGAAAUAUCUUGACAACUUGAAGUUGAAUAUGUGGGAUAUGCAGGCUACACAGGAUGCUUUAGGCUUCCAUAAGUUUAACAGCCAUGACAAGGAGAUAAAAGAGGUGCUUGAAGUUUUGGAGCCUCCUAUCAAACUCAAGUCUCUGUCCCUCGAUAAUUAUGACGGUGUAUCACUCCCAAGCUGGUUUCAACCACAAAACUUGCCAGCCUUAAAAUCACUUACUUUUGCUGUUUGUGUUCGACUCGAGAGCAUAUCAUCUCCCUUGAUCUCACAUAGUGUUAACUUAAAUGAGACACAUGCAGCUGGUAUUUUCAUGUCUUUGACAAACGUAACCAUUGAUGGGUGCGAAAGUAUAUCAAGCCUCGAACAUUUUCUGCAUCCAGAUUGUGUACCGGCCAUCAAGACAAUAAGAAUUGAAGAUUGCAAGAUUAUUGAAUGCUGCGCCCUCACGUACUUUUAUUUACAAUGUGAGUUUGUCACAUCUAUCCAACUGCAAAUGUGGAGUCUUCCAGCUCUACAGAUAUUGCAUAUCGAGUGCAAAUCACUUGCAUCUAUUGGAGGCUCCACAAACCUUUCCAUUUCGGCAAGCACUGGCAGCAUUGGAACAUUCUCAUCCCUAGUUGUCCUAUCAAUUCAGAGUUGUCAGAACUUUUCAACCCUUGAUGACUUCCUAACACAAGAAUAUGUACCUGCGAUUGUGAAAAUUGAGAUAUUGUGUUGUAUGGAGUUAUUGUCCCUGCCAGGUGAAAAUUUUGGUAGUUUUCCUCAUUUGAAACAUCUAGUAGUUAAUAAGUGCCCAAGACUCACCUGGCAAAGGGGGUUGGUCUUGCCAUCAUCUCUCCAAAGGCUCGUCUUAACGAGCUGUGGGGAUGUAUCUCCACAUGUUCCUAGCUGCCUCGAUAACCUCACAUCCCUUGUCUCGCUGAGCAUUGGUGGCCUGAGCAUAACAUCUAUUCCAGGUGACAUUUGGCACAAUAAUCUUGCAUCACUUAAGGAAUUGGUGAUUGAGGAUUGUCCAUAUAUACCUACUUUCAUUUGGUGGAGCUAA